CUGUUUUUUUCUGCCCCUCAGAUUCAAGGACACCAUCGUGAACGCCAAAUACGGCGGGCACACAGAGGCGGUGCGUCGGCUGCUGGGUCAGCUGCCCAUCAGCGCCCAGUCAUACAGCAGCAGUCCUUACCUCGACCUCUCCCUCUUCAGCUACGAUGACAAGUGGGUGUCAGUGAUGGAGAGGCCCAAGACCUGCGGAGAUCACCCCAUCAGGUUUUAUGCACGGGACUCUGGCCUGCUGAAGUUUAAGAUCCAGGCGGGCCUUCUGGGUCGGCCGGUGAAUCACGCUGUGAGACGCCUGGUCGCCUUCACCUUCCACCCCUUCGAACCCUUCGCCAUCUCUGUGCAGCGCACCAACGCAGAGUACGUGGUCAACUUCCACAUGAGGCAUGUCUGCGCAUGACCAGCUCCUGCAUGGCACUGCAAACAAAGUCACACUCGGAAUCAAAUUGGAGGACUUCUGUUAGGAGGUGGCAAUACAACAAACACAAUCAGGAGGCACAACGCAGUUUGUUCUGUUAGUCCCCCCUCUCAUCCUCCAGGGAAAUCAGCGGUCCUCUCCCCGCACCCUCCUGAUGGAAACCACUGUUCCUCGCCUCUUUCCCCCUUCCAUCACACAGUGGUCACUCCACUUCCGCCUGCUCCUCCCCCUCCGCGAGAAGGCAGCAAUUCUGCCUUUUUCCUUUCGUCUGCAACACUCCUCUUUCCCCCUUUCUCCACAGAACAAAGAGGGACCUGUGGGGAGGAGAGGCUGGAAUAAGUGUAAAUGGAGAUGUAGAGAGAGUGAUUGAUGUGCGACAGAGGUGGUAGCCGUAGGUAGCCGAACCACAGGUGUUUUUCUUUCCCUCACUGUGCUCUGAAAGCUGCACAUUCUGCUCAUGCAGUUGGUCCAUGACCAGCUGUCCAACCAACAAUCUUUUUAUUUUCCACAUGGAUGGGGAAAAUGGUUAUUUUAUAUUAUAUUGUUUUUACACGUUUUUACAUAUUGCCGUUUGUAUAUAUUUUAUGCCAAUAAAAUUGUUUA